AUGUCUGGGACAGAACAGCUCCGCGAUGAGGGCACUCGCGGUCAAGUCGUCGUCGCCGGCGCCAUAUCCGGUCUCAUAUCUCGAUUCUGUAUCGCGCCUCUGGACGUGAUCAAGAUCCGAUUACAGCUUCACUACCACUCCCUCGCCGACCCUCUCUCACAACCAUUCCGGCCACGAUCUUCGGCUGGGGUCUCCAGCGUAGUACGGGACAUAUGGCAGCAUGAAGGCAUCACGGGGUUCUGGAAGGGAAAUAUCCCGGCAGAAGGGUUGUACUUGAGCUACGGCGCAGUACAAUUUCUGACAUAUCGGAGUACGACGCAGGCAUUGGAUAAGAUCACAGAAAACGGCAGGUUCAGCAUUCCCGGCUCGGCGAAGAGUUUCAUUGGAGGUGCUGUUGCUGGGACUGCGGCAACGACGUUGACUUAUCCCCUCGACCUGCUGCGCACGCGGUUCGCAGCACAAGGGACUGAGAGAGUCUACGAUGGACUGAUAGCGAGUGUCCGAGAAAUCACGCGGAAUGAAGGUAGCGCUGGAUUCUUUCGCGGGCUGAACGCAGGUAUUGGACAAAUUGUUCCAUACAUGGGCCUGUUUUUCGCUCUCUACGAAUCUCUCAAGCCGCCACUGGCGAGCGUGCAGCUACCCUUCGGAUCUGGAGAUGCAGUGGCGGGAGUGAUGGCAAGCAUCCUGAGCAAGAGCGCCGUGUUCCCACUUGACACGGUCAGGAAGAGAUUACAAGUGCAAGGCCCUACCAGGCAGAGAUACGCCGGAGGCAAUAAGAUUCCAGUCUACGAGAGGGGAGUGUUGAGCACUUUGAGGAUGAUACUGAAGAAGGAAGGCACGAUCGGGUUGUAUCGGGGAUUGAGUGUCAGUCUCGUCAAAGCAGCGCCCAGCAGUGCGGUCACAAUGUAUGCGUAUGAGAGGACGCUGCAUAUGCUACAACGCUUCGAAGAUCGAGCGACGGUUGACGAGAUGUAA